CUGUUAGUCGAUAGCCUGCUCUCUCUGUUAGUUAAAGCCCACACUCGGUUGCAUUGGCUUCGCGUCUCCGGCUCCAGCGAAACUGGUGCUCGUGUUCAGCCGGUCAUGUCUAUUGAUUCGACUGCUUUAGAAGCCAGCUUAGACAAAAAAGUUGUGGAAUCACAAGAUGAAGCGGUUUUAGCAGCAACCUCUUCAGCCACUUGUUCAGUCCAGAUGACCCAGGCUAGAAGUUUUGGGGUGCUGCAUCCAUGUAGCAAAACUAUUCGGGCUGACAUCACUUCACAAGCGGUGGCUGAAAUGCCUGCGGAACUUCGAUACUUUGCCUAUGUUCCGCCUGCAUAUUUACUUCCCGAAGAACGCCCACCUGAUUCGGAUGAAACUGGCCAAUUAUAUUCCAGCCUAAGUAAGUUGAUUAUGUUAUCGAACCAUCUUUGCAAACACUAG